GGCCCCGACCAGAAGCCGCCUCGGAGAAGAGAACAUCCCGCUCGGUGGCGGGCUACCAUCGCUCCUGCCUCACGCGACGGGAGCCCGAGGGCGCGGCUGAAGCGCCAGGGACGCAAGCGACCUGCUGCCCGCCCUGAGGGGACGCUUUCCAGGCCUGAGCGCCGCCGCCGCCGCCCUCCCCUCGGCGCAGGGGGUGGAGCAGGCCCCGCUAGGCCCGGCCUCCUCUCCGCCUCCCGAGCUGUCGUCGCUCGCUCCAAGCUCGUCCUCGCUCGUCUCCCCUCAGCCGCCAUCAUGGCCGCCACGGCCGCUUCUUCUUCGGGCUCUUCCUCCUCCUCCGGCGGUACCGCCGCGCCGGCAGGCUCCAAUGCCCCAGGUUCGGGCGGCGGCGGCGCCUCUGGCCUGACGGCCUCCCUGACGGGCACCAUGAACAGGAAAAAGAAGCCCUUCCUGGGCAUGCCUGCUCCGCUGGGCUACGUGCCGGGCCUGGGCCGCGGUGCUACAGGUUUUACCACCCGCUCAGAUAUCGGUCCUGCUCGAGAUGCAAAUGACCCUGUAGAUGAUCGUCAUGCUCCUCCGGGGAAAAGAACCGUUGGGGAUCAGAUGAAGAAAAACCAGGCAGCAGAUGAUGAUGAUGAAGAUCUUAACGACACCAAUUAUGAUGAGUUCAAUGGAUAUGCUGGAAGUCUGUUCUCCAGUGGGCCUUAUGAAAAAGAUGACGAGGAAGCAGAUGCAAUCUAUGCUGCUUUGGAUAAGAGAAUGGAUGAAAGGAGAAAAGAAAGAAGGGAACAACGUGAGAAAGAGGAGAUUGAAAAGUACCGAAUGGAACGGCCAAAAAUUCAGCAGCAGUUCUCAGAUCUGAAAAGAAAACUAGCUGAAGUCACCGAGGAGGAGUGGCUAAGCAUCCCUGAAGUUGGUGACGCAAGGAACAAACGCCAAAGGAAUCCACGUUAUGAGAAAUUGACUCCUGUUCCUGACAGCUUCUUUGCGAAACACCUGCAGUCAGGAGAGAAUCAUACAUCUGUGGAUCCCCGGCAAACGCAAUUUGGUGGUCUGAACACACCCUAUCCUGGGGGCUUAAACACUCCUUAUCCAGGAGGAAUGACACCUGGGCUGAUGACACCUGGAACUGGUGAGCUGGACAUGAGGAAGAUUGGACAAGCCAGGAACACGCUGAUGGACAUGAGACUCAGUCAGGUAUCUGACUCUGUCAGUGGCCAAACUGUGGUGGAUCCCAAGGGCUACCUCACUGACUUGAAUUCCAUGAUUCCCACACAUGGUGGAGAUAUCAAUGAUAUCAAGAAAGCACGUUUACUUCUGAAGUCUGUGCGAGAGACUAACCCUCACCACCCGCCAGCCUGGAUUGCUUCUGCACGCUUGGAAGAGGUGACUGGCAAACUGCAGGUAGCUCGAAACCUCAUCAUGAAAGGGACAGAAAUGUGUCCCAAGAGUGAAGAUGUUUGGUUGGAAGCUGCCCGCUUGCAGCCUGGAGAUACUGCUAAAGCUGUGGUGGCCCAGGCUGUUCGCCACCUCCCACAGUCGGUCCGGAUUUAUAUCAGAGCUGCAGAGUUGGAGACAGAUAUCCGAGCAAAGAAGCGCGUCCUUCGAAAAGCAUUAGAGCAUGUUCCAAACUCUGUCCGGUUGUGGAAGGCAGCUGUGGAGUUGGAAGAGCCAGAAGAUGCCAGGAUCAUGCUUAGCCGAGCGGUGGAAUGCUGCCCUACCAGUGUGGAACUGUGGCUUGCCCUGGCGAGGCUGGAAACCUAUGAAAAUGCCCGUAAAGUCUUAAACAAGGCCCGUGAGAACAUUCCAACGGACAGGCACAUCUGGAUCACAGCUGCCAAGCUGGAGGAGGCCAAUGGGAACACUCAGAUGGUGGAGAAGAUCAUUGACCGAGCCAUCACCUCAUUAAGGGCUAAUGGGGUAGAAAUAAACCGGGAGCAAUGGAUCCAGGAUGCUGAGGAGUGUGAUAAAGCUGGCAGUGUGGCCACAUGCCAGGCAGUCAUGAGAGCGGUGAUUGGGAUCGGAAUUGAAGAGGAGGACCGGAAGCACACCUGGAUGGAGGAUGCAGAUAGUUGUGUUGCGCACAAUGCUCUGGAGUGUGCCCGGGCAAUCUAUGCUUAUGCCUUACAAGUUUUCCCCAGCAAGAAAAGCGUCUGGUUGCGAGCAGCCUAUUUUGAAAAGAAUCAUGGAACCAGGGAAUCCUUGGAGGCUCUCCUUCAGAGGGCUGUGGCUCACUGCCCCAAAGCUGAAGUCCUCUGGCUCAUGGGAGCCAAGUCUAAAUGGCUUGCUGGAGACGUACCAGCUGCAAGGAGUAUCUUAGCUUUGGCUUUCCAGGCCAACCCCAACAGUGAAGAGAUUUGGCUGGCUGCAGUGAAGCUGGAAUCUGAAAAUAAUGAAUAUGAAAGAGCAAGGAGGUUGUUGGCGAAGGCCCGUAGCAGUGCCCCAACAGCCAGGGUCUUCAUGAAGUCUGUCAAACUCGAGUGGGUGCUCGGGAACAUCGCUGCCGCUCAGGAACUUUGUGAGGAAGCCCUGAGGCACUAUGAAGAUUUCCCCAAGCUGUGGAUGAUGAAAGGACAGAUAGAGGAGCAAGAAGAACUGAUCGAAAGAGCUCGAGAGGCCUACAACCAAGGCCUGAAGAAAUGCCCCAGCUCCAUACCCCUUUGGCUCUUGCUGUCUAGGCUGGAAGAGAAGGUUGGCCAACUCACACGAGCCAGAGCCAUCCUGGAGAAGUCUCGUUUAAAGAACCCAAAGAACCAAGACCUGUGGCUGGAGUCGGUUCGAUUAGAAUACAGAGCUGGACUGAAGAACAUCGCUAACACGCUGAUGGCCAAGGCACUGCAGGAGUGUCCCAAUUCUGGGAUCUUGUGGUCAGAAGCAAUCUUCCUGGAAGCCAGACCUCAGAGGAAGACCAAGAGUGUGGAUGCCCUGAAGAAAUGUGAGCACGAUCCCCAUGUGCUUCUGGCUGUGGCCAAGUUAUUCUGGAGUGAGCGCAAAAUAACCAAAGCUCGUGAGUGGUUUCAUCGGACGGUGAAGAUAGAUUCUGAUCUAGGAGAUGCCUGGGCUUUUUUCUAUAAAUUUGAACUCCAGCAUGGAACUGAGGAGCAGCAGGAAGAGGUGAGGAAGCGCUGCGAAAAUGCAGAGCCACGCCACGGAGAGCUGUGGUGCGAGGUCUCCAAGGACAUCAGCAACUGGCAGAGGAAGAUCGGGGAGAUCCUGGUGCUGGUGGCAGCCAAAAUCAAGAACACCUUCUAGAGCUUGGGCUGUGUUGAGCCACAUCUUGGACCGUGUGACGGGGCCCAGCCUCUUCCCUUGGCACACAUGUGUUGGGACUUUGUCUCCUCAAGUGGAAGCUCAUGUGCAGGAAUUUGGAAAGGAAAGGAGAUGAGAUUUCCUGUUCAGCUCUGCAACGGGGAGCCAAGCCUUCCCCUGGCACUUCUGUGUGUUGUGCUGGUAACAGCCGUGAGCAAAAUAACCUCUGUGUGUGAGAGAGCUUUGCAUACCAUUAUACAGCAGUCCUGAAGCAGGAAGGCUGGAGAGUUGAGUGGCAGGCCUUUUUCAAAACAAAACAAAACAAAACUGAUGUCUGAGCCUCUGGUUUGCGUUUUCUGCAGGUUCCCUGUAAAGCUUUUGGCAGGUGAGCCCACCAGGGCCUUUUAAUAUUCAUUUUAGCCAUUCUGUCUUCUCAGCAAAGCCCUCCCGUUGCCAUCUAAUAUCUCAUGUUGUCUACAAUGCCAUCUGUUUCUACAGUUUAACCAGUCAUGGGGUUCUUGGAGAUCCCUCUGAAACUGGAGUUUGGCAAGAGUGCUGAGAUGGUUCUGCUUCAUGGGGAACAUGGCCUGGGGAUCUCUGUGGCUCCCCAGCUGUUGGUGAACUACAGCUCCCAUCAUCCCUAUUCACAAUGAAUUUUGGCUGGAGAUGAUGGGAGCUGUAGUUCAACAAGAGAUGGUGAGCCAGGGUUCCCUUCCCCCUGCUCUGUUGCAGAGCUGCAAUUUUCAGGGUCCUCGUAGGAAGCCAUGACGUUGAAACCAGCUUAGGGCUGCCUUGUAGACGUGGCCUGGCUUAGAUAGAAGCCCCUCUGCUCAGUGACUUAAGGCAGCCGUCACUCAAAGAAACAAGAUGUUGGGUGGCAGGAGAAAGAAGCUGACCAUGUUGCUUGAAGUGAGAUAGGCUCAGAUGCAGGGCUUCUUAUCCGAGUGGGUCCCCAGAUGUUGGAUUUCAGCUCUCAUAUGGACUUGAACUCCAGUGGCCUUUGGGGCUGAGAACAACGUCUGGAGACCCAAGUUUGAGAAGCCCUGGAUUAAAGCUCUCUCCUCAGUGACUUGUGGUAGAACCUGGUCAAAAUGUUUUGAUGGAAUUUGUUUACCUUUGGUCUACUUUGAAAUUAAGAAACAGAUUAUUUUUAAAAUGGGAUGAGCGACUUGCUAGGAGAAAAAUUUCUCAAAAUAUUGGUGUGGUAUAAAAACAAAAUUUAGAGGAAGUUGGUUUCAUUGGAAGUCAUAAGGGAAGAGAAUAGUCACAUGAAACCUUUUUCCGCACCAAGGAGAACCGGCUGCAGGUCACACAUUCUUUGGGUUGGAGGCACAAUUUGACAGGAGCUUCUGGGCAAGGCCCAUUGAAAUGAAUGGGUGUUGCACAAGUGAACACACGUGUAGGCCUCCCAUGCAUUUGCUCUGACUUGCUCCCUUUGUGUGCCUCUGUCUUGGGUGACUUGUCUGUACAAAUGGAUUUUGAAAACAAGCAUUCCCAGCUUGUCUCCUUGCUUUGAGAAGUCCCUCCCCUGCUUUUUACCCCUAGGUGAAACAAGACCACAUCUCCCCCAACACCAUUUAUUGCCACGUGUCUUUGUAUAGUAGGACGUAGUGGGAUAUUUCCAUGUGUUUUCUGCAUGGCCUCUGGGUUGGAAGAAGCGCUCUUAGCCACAAUUGUACAUAGUAUGAAGCUGUAAAAUACAAUCUUUUUGGACCUGA